AUGCCCGUUAUUCAGCAUGAGGGAGGUGAUGUGCAUCUCACUCAUGAGCAGGAGAAUAAGCUGAAUGAAUUCCAGAUGAUUACGAACUUUCCGGAUCCUGAAGUUGGCCCUGUCGUGCAAUUAUUGGAAAACCAUGGCUGGAACUUGGAACUUGCAUUGAGCAGGUAUUUUGAUGGCAAUUGGCAAGAAAGUUUGGUUCCUCCGGAUAUUGGUCAAAGACCUCCCACACCUAUACCUCAGGAACUUUCCUCACAUUCAGCAAGCGCAUUCUUGCUUGGUGAAAAUGCAUCGUUUAUUCCAAGGUUACCUCUUGUUAAGAGACUUCCUUCGGACUUUGGGGAGCAUUUACGCAUUAUAGGACUGGACAAACGUCCAACGGACGAUUUCAGUAACAAUCCGGCCCUUAUUAUCCUGCUUUUUCUGCCAAACCUGCUAUUGAAAAUUGGUACUGGUAUACUGACAAUCCUAUGGUCGAUCAUUUCAUUUGGCUUCAAAAAUGACCCACUCGCAGAGAAUCAGAUCAGAAGGGUGCCCGCAAAGCCAAAUAAGAAUGCGAAGCCCAUUGCAGAGCUCAUUGGCUCCGUCUUGGGCGAAAGUUCCGAGCUAACUUCUUUACUUGAUUUAAAGCCUUUCAAUGAAAUUUACGAUGACUGCGAAAGCCAUUUCAAGGUUAUGAUGGUGGUAUGUUUGGGAGGUCUAGAGUCAGAAGAGCUUGGCGGACAAGAUCUUAACUCUGCCAGAUUUUUAACCGAAAUUCUUAAUGACCCUACUACUUUGCAGUUUCUCCGCGAGCAUCAAGAGCAACUAUGCAUUUACAUGUCCUCUGCACAAUCACCUGAGAUGUGGGCUCUGGCAAGCCAACUUAAGCUCAGGUAUACCCCAGAAUGUUUUCUCGUCGCCAACGUCUUGAACUCGAAAGACUCCGCAAACGGUACCACCCGGAUGUCAUUAAUAGGCCGAUUAAAGGUGAGCUCUGCAAGAAGAUUUCAAAACAGCUUGAAAGCUACACUUGAAAAGCAUAGUGCAGAGCUUUUGGUCAGUCGUAACGAACAAAAAGAAUUGAGGCUAGCGAGAGAGAUUAAAGAACUACAAGAUCAGGCAUAUGAGGAGUCGCUCAGACAGGAUCAGCGCAAACAACAACUUCGUCAAGAGGAGGAUGCAACGGCAAGGGAGACUUUGGAAAGGGAAAAAGCCAAGGAACUCGAACAAAAGCUCAUUUCAGCAGCUCGCGAAUUGCGUAUGUUGCAACUGUCUUUGAGCCUUGCUGACAGUCAAAGAUCAAUUAACCCAGAUGCUGGAAAAGCAUCACUUCAGAUCCGGACCUCGGACGGGAAACGUUUUGUCAGGGUUUUUGCCGGUGACGAAUCUCCUAAAGAUAUAUAUCAAACGGUCAAGUGCCUUCUCAGCCUAGACCUCAAAUCCUUAGAAGAUGAUGUGGUUCUUGAGAGAGUGAAAGCUAGAAUGAGUAACAUGAUCGAGGAUGGUAACAUAAUAGAUUUGGAUGAAUCACUAUGGUCUCAAAAGGCACUGGCUGACGAAACUCUCGGCUCAUUGAAAUCCCGGAUAGAGCAAGAGUUGCAAGUGUUAUGUGAUUCGAGAGGAAAGGUUGAGCUGGAUAUCAACUUCGAACUGGUCUCACCAUUUCCGAGGUUCAUGGUGCCAAACGAUGCGAGUAUCCACAUUGAGAAUAUUCCACAGCUUUGGCCUAAUGGAAGUUUACUCGUAGAGGCGAUAGAAGACGAAGACAUGACGGGCAUCGUGGAAAAUUGA